AUGCAAAAGAUUAUGCAUAUUUCUGUCUUCCUUUCUCCUGUUUUUUGGGGACUGAUUUUUGGUGUCUCUUCUAACAGCAUACAGAUAGGGGGUUUAUUUCCAAGGGGCGCUGAUCAGGAAUACAGUGCAUUUCGGGUAGGGAUGGUUCAGUUUUCCACUUCAGAGUUUAGGCUGACGCCCCACAUCGACAAUCUGGAGGUAGCCAACAGCUUUGCAGUCACCAAUGCUUUCUGCUCCCAGUUUUCAAGAGGAGUCUAUGCUAUUUUUGGAUUUUAUGACAAGAAGUCUGUAAAUACCAUUACAUCCUUUUGUGGAACUCUUCAUGUCUCCUUCAUCACUCCCAGCUUCCCAACAGAUGGGACACAUCCAUUUGUCAUUCAGAUGAGACCUGACCUCAAAGGAGCUCUUCUUAGUUUGAUUGAAUACUACCAAUGGGACAAAUUUGCAUACCUUUAUGACAGUGAUAGAGGCUUAUCAACAUUGCAAGCCGUCCUGGAUUCUGCUGCUGAAAAGAAAUGGCAAGUGACUGCUAUCAAUGUAGGGAAUAUUAACAAUGACAGGAAAGAUGAAACCUACCGGUCUCUGUUUCAAGAUCUAGAAGUAAAAAAAGAAAGGCGCGUAAUCCUCGACUGUGAGCGUGACAAAGUGAAUGACAUUGUAGAUCAAGUUAUUACCAUUGGAAAACACGUUAAAGGGUACCAUUACAUCAUUGCGAAUCUGGGAUUUACCGAUGGAGAUUUAUCAAAAAUUCAGUUUGGAGGGGCAAAUGUCUCAGGAUUUCAGAUUGUUGACUACGAAGAUUCCCUCGUGUCCAAGUUUGUACAGAGAUGGUCGACACUGGAAGAAAAAGAAUAUCCUGGAGCCCACACAAGUACAAUUAAGUACACUUCUGCUCUGACUUAUGAUGCUGUCCAGGUGAUGACUGAAGCUUUUCGCAAUCUGCGUAAGCAAAGAAUUGAAAUCUCCAGAAGAGGAAAUGCUGGAGACUGCCUUGCAAACCCCGCUGUGCCCUGGGGACAAGGAGUAGAGAUAGAAAGGGCACUAAAACAGGUCCAAGUAGAAGGUCUUUCAGGAAAUAUAAAGUUUGACCAGAAUGGAAAAAGAAUAAAUUAUACAAUUAACAUCAUGGAGCUCAAAACUAAUGGGCCUCGGAAGAUUGGAUAUUGGAGUGAAAUGGACAAAAUGGUAGUGACACUUACUGAAAUCCCUUCAGGGAAUGACACCUCUGGACUGGAAAAUAAGACUGUUGUUGUCACCACAAUCUUGGAAUCUCCUUAUGUCAUGAUGAAGAAAAAUCAUGAAAUGUUAGAAGGAAAUGAGCGAUAUGAAGGCUAUUGUGUAGACUUGGCUGCAGAAAUUGCCAAACAUUGUGGAUUCAAAUACAAGUUAACUAUUGUUGGGGAUGGCAAGUAUGGGGCCAGGGACGCAGAUACAAAAAUUUGGAACGGGAUGGUUGGAGAGCUCGUGUAUGGGAAAGCCGAUAUUGCAAUUGCUCCAUUAACUAUUACAUUGGUGAGAGAAGAAGUGAUUGACUUCUCCAAACCCUUUAUGAGCCUCGGGAUCUCAAUUAUGAUCAAGAAGCCUCAGAAGUCCAAACCAGGAGUGUUUUCGUUUCUCGAUCCCUUAGCCUAUGAAAUCUGGAUGUGCAUUGUCUUUGCCUACAUUGGGGUCAGUGUAGUUUUAUUCCUGGUCAGCAGAUUCAGCCCCUACGAGUGGCACACUGAGGAGUUUGAAGAUGGACGAGAAACACAAAGUAACGAGUCAACUAAUGAAUUUGGGAUAUUUAAUAGUCUCUGGUUUUCCCUGGGUGCCUUUAUGCAGCAAGGAUGCGAUAUUUCGCCAAGAUCCCUGUCUGGGCGCAUUGUUGGAGGUGUGUGGUGGUUCUUUACCCUCAUCAUAAUCUCAUCCUACACGGCUAACUUAGCUGCCUUCCUGACCGUAGAAAGGAUGGUGUCUCCCAUUGAGAGUGCUGAGGAUCUUUCUAAGCAAACAGAAAUUGCUUAUGGGACAUUAGACUCUGGCUCCACAAAAGAAUUUUUUAGGAGAUCUAAAAUUGCUGUGUUUGAUAAAAUGUGGACAUAUAUGAGAAGUGCCGAGCCUUCUGUAUUUGUGAGGACUACAGCAGAAGGAGUAGCUCGGGUACGGAAGUCGAAAGGAAAGUACGCUUAUUUGCUGGAGUCCACCAUGAACGAGUACAUCGAGCAAAGAAAACCCUGUGACACCAUGAAAGUUGGUGGGAACUUGGAUUCCAAAGGCUAUGGCAUCGCAACACCUAAAGGAUCCUCAUUAAGAACCCCAGUAAAUCUUGCAGUAUUGAAACUCAGUGAGCAAGGCGUCUUAGACAAGCUGAAAAACAAAUGGUGGUACGAUAAAGGGGAGUGUGGAGCCAAGGACUCUGGAAGUAAGGAAAAAACCAGUGCCCUCAGCUUGAGCAACGUGGCUGGAGUAUUCUACAUUCUUGUCGGGGGACUUGGUUUAGCCAUGCUGGUGGCUUUGAUUGAGUUCUGUUACAAGUCAAGAGCAGAGGCGAAACGAAUGAAGAUGACCUUGAGUGAUGCCAUGAGGAACAAGGCGAGGCUGUCAAUUACAGGAAGUACUGGAGAAAAUGGACGUGUUAUGACUCCAGAGUUUCCCAAAGCAGUGCAUGCUGUCCCUUACGUGAGUCCUGGCAUGGGAAUGAAUGUCAGUGUGACUGAUCUCUCGUGA